AUGCCGGGCGCCCGGCGCUAGGGCGGCGGCUGCGAUGUCGGUGUUAAGGCCGCUGGACAAGCUGCCGGGCCUGAACACGGCCACCGUCUUGCUGGUGGGCACGGACGACGCUGUGCUGCAGCAGCUGGCGGACUCGAUGCUGCAGAAGAACUGCACCUCCGAGCUGAGGGUCCACCUGGCCAUGUCCCUCCCUCUGCCCUCCAGUCUGAGUCGGCCCCGGAUUGACCUGGUCGUGUUUGUGAUUAACCUUCACAGCAAAUACAGCCUCCAGAACGUGGAGAAGUCCCUGUGCCACGUGGACGCCAGCUACUUCCUGGGGAAGGUGUGCUUCCUUGCCACCGGCGGUGGAGGACUUCCGUGCCACCAUGGCGCAGCGCCUGGUCCGCAUGCUGCAGAUCUGCGCUGGCCACGUGCCCGGUGUCUCGGCCAUGAGCCUGCUGUCCCUGCUGAGGAGCUCCGAGAGCCCCUUCCUGGAGGACCUGUGAGGGCCUCUGGCCCCUGUGUGCAGGCCGCACUCCCACACUCCCCCACAGAACCCGGUCUCCUCCACGUGACAUGGCUUCCCAGAAGUUAUUUAAACCAAGGGUUCAUGGCUAAAAACAUUUGGAAAAAUCGCAGUCAUCCACCACUGUGACUCUGCAGGAGAGGACAGAGCAAUAAGUUGUGGGGUAAGGGGCACGUGCACCCCACAUCCCGGCCCUGCUGGUACAGCGCCUGCUUGCUGCCUCUGGGAACCUCGGAUUCCCCAGGUGUGAAUGGAGGUAUCAAACUGGGGAUAAUUUUGGAUUAGUUUUGAGAGACAGAGAGCAGAGGUGGUCCAUUUCUCGAAUGCCCACCAUGGCAUGGAGGCUGGACCAAGUCAGCCGAGAACGCGAUCCAUGCGGGUGAAGUCGGAGCCAGGUGUCGGACCCCAGGACCCCGGGUACGGAGACCCUGAACCAGCGUUUGAACCUCUAAUCUGAGCAGCUCCUGCCCACCUGGGAAGACAGAAUGCAACCUGAGAGCUUACGAUUGCCUCCCUCACUUGACAAUGUGAUUCGUAACACACUGUGUUAGCGACAGCAGGGCCCUCAGCAGACAGGUGCUGGUGUGUAAAACUGCAUAAAUCUGGGUUCAAACACUGGACGCAGCCUCCUGACCUUGAAAUGGGGACCAUCGCCUGGUCAGCAGGCAUGGCAUGUCUGACCAGGAGCCUGCAAACCUUCGGUGAGCAGUGUUGGGUCCUGGGCUCUGGGCUCUGGGUGGCACCUCCUAUGGGAACCCCUUG